AGUUCAUAGAGAAUAUAUUCAUACUCUUGAGAACCUUGGAUCAAGUACAUACAUGGGCUAAAGAUGUCGAAGCUAAAACAUUCGCCUUUGAAUUGUCUGACCUUAGUUAUUUUUCGAAAGACUCGGGAAUGGUGAAACUUUUGAAGGUCGUCAUGAGUACCAACUUUUUGUUGGGCGCAAUCGCCUGCAUUGGUCUACUCCUGUCUCAAGAUACUCUCAGAGAAAUGAUCUACAUGAGGGCCUGGAUCUGUCAACAAUUUUCAACCACUACUUGUUGGACAUCGGGAUAUCUUCUAAGUCUGCUUGAAUUUCCUGUAGUUUGCUCGAUAGUAACAAUACCAUUCAUUAUGGUAUAUUACGAGGUUAUCGAUAUAGUACAUGUGAAUUAUUUAAACGAACUGGUUAAACAAAUCUGUAGUAGUCACCUUCCUGAGAAGCAACUAUAUCAUUCAGAAAUAUUUCAGCGUAAGGUAGCCCAAAAGAUGAAGAUAUGUAUAAUGAUACAUAAUAUUUUAAUACAACUAUCAAGCGAUGGAACAAUUAUGAUAUAUGUACCGACAGUCCUGAUAUGUAUUGGUUCCAUAGUCAUGGGUAGUUCUAUGCUGCUCUUCAUUUUAUCGUACGAUUUUAAUCAGCUCAAUUACUUUGUGAUUGGGAUAUUUUCUGGUACGGUGAACUAUUUUAUUUGUGUAUGGCUGUACAUUCAUUUUUCCCAGCUUUUGAAAAACGAGUCAGAAAAUACUUACUUUCUAUUGACUCAGUUGCCAUGGUAUUAUAUGAAUAAAGGAAAUCUGAAAACUUUCUCCAUUAUUCUGAGACAAUCUGAGAGGCCAAUAUCUUGUGCAAUAGACUUAUUUGAAGUAAACUAUCUGUUGCUUGUAAGGAUCUUCAAGGCUUUAUAUUCAGUGGCAGCGAUCAUUGUACGUUUCCAACCUCAUUUGCAAUAACUUUUUU